AUGGCAUCUUCAAUUUCUUCGGCUCCUUUUGGCAAAACUGCUGUAGUUCUUACCGACGUUUACAAUGAAUUCCUCCACCCCAAGGGAAAACUUAAUGGCUUCGUCAGCGAAUCGAUGGCUACGACGAAUACCCUAGUUCACCUACACGACGUUGUCAAAACAGCCCGCAAACUCGGCAUACCCAUCUAUUAUUCGUUGCAUCAGGCGUGGAAACAGGGCAAAUACGAAGGAUGGCGUCACAUGAAUCCAACAACGACGGGAUUGAACGAGUCUAAGGCCAUUGAAGAGGGAAGUUGGGGAGCGGAGAUAUAUCCCGGUCUUGAGCCAGACAUUCUGGGCAACAAGGACGUAGUAGUCAAACGGCACGAUAACAGAUCCGACGCUACGGCCGGUUUCUCAAAUGCCCAUAAGGAUGCUGCGACGGGCCUGAUAUGGCCGAUCAUCGCGGACGAAGUGAAGACAGUUGGCCAAUGGGCUAAAGACCUUGGAGAGAGUGCGGAGAAGGACAAUUAUGUCAAGUCUGAAUUGUAG